GGAUUAAAGGCGUGAACUGAUGGCGAACAAAAGUUUAAACUUUUGCGGCGUGGUGGUGUUUUCGCUGAUUGCGAUUCAAACAGGUCCAGUGGCAUUAGAAAGACAAACGGUAGACGAGGUGGAAAGCGAUGACGUUAUAAAUCCUGCCGCUUUCAGCGACGAGCUCUUGAGGCAAGUCCGUGACUCUAAUGCUUCAGCCCCCGCUAUGGCUGAAGAAAUAAAGAAACGUGGAAAUGAGCUGAAAAACUUCGUUUUACUUCCCCUAAUGCGUCACAAAGAAAAGCAAGGGCAUGACAGAAAUCACAGCCCAACGAAACAUCAUGAAGAACACCACCAUCGACAUCAGCACAAUUCUCCAUCUGCUGGAAUCCAUCUGCCACGUCCGUCUCCCACAUUUCCCUUCAACACGAGGACAGAUGAACAUGUUGACUUCUCAACUGAAGAAUAUGCGCAGAUUACUCCAACCCCAUCGGUGGACAGCUGGUUCCCUCGGUUGAUCUUUACUCCAAAGCUUCGUUAUGCAAGAGCUGACAAAGUUCCCGAUGAUUCACAAGUAAAGAUAGCAAAAAUUAGCAGUUUAAAUUCCAGUCCUACUCCAACAUUCACUCCCGUAAGCUCGGUGAUGACGCUGUCGAUGCAACCAAAUCAGAGCGUGACAGGACACCCAACGGACCCAUCAGAUGAACAGGAUCCUUGCACUGUAUGGCAGAACUGUGCUUUAAAUCAGCUCCUGAAAGCCAGCCGCUGGUUUCAGAAAUUACCCAGCUGUUCUUGUCAGCUUCAACCAGCGCAUUUCAUCUACAACAACACAAUUUACGACCCGGCAUUGAACAAGUCCUUUCAGUGGAGAGGAAUGAAGGUGGAUAAAAAAGGCCUCCUCAGACGUACAGCAGAGUUCUGCAUUCGAUCUCUUCCACGUACCAGCCUCAGCGCCCAAGUUUGUUGCUAUGACUCCAAGUUCCAACUGAUCACCCGGGGGACUGGGGCAGGCGCACCGUUCGUUGUGUCCCCGGAUCGGAAUGCCUCGAUGCAUUACAAGCUGGACGUCUUGCCUAUUCGUCUUUGUAAUGGGGACUGGACGCGUUAUCACGCCGUCCGCCCUCCCAAUAAUGGCCGUAACUGUUCUGCAAACCCGGAUGACAACGAAUUUGCUCUUCAAGUACUGAAGGCAAGGGAUUACUAACCGAGAGUUUUCUACGGACUUAUGGCAUCCUUAAAACUAUGUUCCUUUGAUUAUUUACAAGAAUGAAACAUAUAAAAGUCUCUCAGUUGCAGAAGAACCUGAGAAAACUAACAACUUAUCGUCUGAUUGUUUUUCAAGAUUCAGUAGUACAAUAAUAAUGUGACGUCAUUAUAUUUUGUAACCGCACCAGUAAACUAGUAGUGGCUAUUACCUCAAUGAUAUAAUAAACUUUGCAUAGUAGUUAUGGAGACAUUUUGUUAUUGCUGCCUUUACCACUAUAGAAAAGUCUUUGAUCAGUACGUUUAUAUCGAAACGCAGUUCAAAUGUAUUUUAGACCUUAAACAAAGCUUUUAUUGAUAGCUUUAAUGAUGUUUUGUAUGACAAAUUUUAUUACAAUAAACCUUUCAUUGAAGACAUCAUUUUAAUGUGAACUACCCGAAUCAUGAGUACAGAGAGCUAUACAAGAAUAGUUGGUAACGUAUCCUAAGCAGCACAAAUCUGAACAGUUACACAGAUUUUGAAGUUUUUUCUCUGAGUCGAAAUAUACGAUUGGUUGAGUGGAGUACGGAUAGUUCUUUCAUUUUAUGCUUAACUGCGACAUUUAGCUAUCAAUGAACGACUCGCAUCACCCUACCUAGCUGAUAUUUCAAACUUUUUUCAUUGCGGCUUCAGUCUGUAAGACUUCAUUUAGCUUCUGUGUUCAAGGCUUUUUGAAAAAGUCAUUUUCUCAGAAUGUCGAGAAUCCAGACAGGCAGAAAAAAUCUUUUUUUCUCUGUAUUUCGCCGAAACAUGCCUUUGGGUGAACUUAUUCAAGGAACAAGAGAUGUUCCAACGAUUUGUUCCAAUGAUUUGUUUUACGGGCGAAAUUUUAAAGGAGGCAGUUUUCGAGGCUUAAAAUGUUCAAAAUUUCAUGCCUCUUUACGCAAACCCCAGCGGGGAGGUAAAAACGAUUCUUCGAAAACGAAACUUGGCGCAAAUAUUAUUUGAUUCUUAUACUUUAAAAUCAUUUUGUAAAGCAGCAAAAGGAACGUAAGUAACUAUGAGUCGUUCUUUCCAGUUUUAACUGUUAAUUUCCAAAGAAUAACCUGUGAUUUGCACAAAAUUGAACUCGCUUACAUGCCGCAACAGUUUAUUUUACUGACACGGAGCAUUUUAAUUUCCAGAGCUAUAACUUUCCUGGUGGAAAAUAAAAAUACUAUAACCAAGGUUUUCUAAAAUGUAGAUAAUUUGACCAAAUGGUAUAUACCAGAGGCCAUUUAUACUAGUCAAAGUUAGCCUUUAUUUGUUCUCGCCAACAGACACAAAUGGCAGCUGUAUAAAAAUAUGCUUGCUUAAAAAGCUACAAAAAAAACAUCUAGAAACUUAUUACACGGUUUUAACUUUUCAUUCUCCCGUUGAGUCGUUCUGUAAACGAUACCCAGUAAAGCAGCGAUAAACGGCCGACAACGUUUAUAUUUGCAAUGCGACACUGAAUGGCACACAGAUGUGGCUGUUUUAUAUCGUUCGUAGAUGCAUGAGACCCUAUUUUCAACACUGGAUGCGGGAUUGAGGAUUCUCUUUGAUUUAGCCUUUGAUGCAGCGAAAGAAUAAGGAGCAGGGAGAGGGGGUGGGGCAAAAAAUGAAUGCUUUCCUCCCCACCCCCCACGCCCUGCUUUCCCCCUCCCUUUUUUUUUCUCAUCCCUUCCCCACUUCGCUACAGACGUUAUUUUCGCCGGAGACAAGCGACAACCAGAAAUACGUCUGCCUCCGCAGGCUAAACUUCUCCCCAUUUUUUGCCCGCCUGAGGCUCGCUCGUUUGCUCGCUCGCUUGCUCGAUCUCCCCGCUUGGAAAAUGGAAAAAGGAAACGCCUGCUACGCGGGCUAUCUCUGAUGUCGACUUGAUUCACAGUGUUUUGUCACACACCUCUAAAUGUGCGCAAAGAAUAACAACAACAAGAAACCAAUUAGUUGCAAGAAAAGCUGGACCGCCGAAGAUACCUGUUUAUUAUUCAUUUAAGUAACUCAAGCUACAUGCUACCAGUCACACUCUUCGUGCCGUGGAAAUUUUUUCUAUUAAUUGUAACUUACUCUGUGUAAAUAAAGGCUUAAUAUCAUUUGUUUCAUCCUUUUAUUUUUCAAAUCUGAAAAAUACGAGAAAUCAAGUGCAUUUCUGUUAUAUUUAUAGGCCUAAGAUUUUCUUUCCAAAUACGAUUCCAUAUUUCGAGACAUUUCUUCUCAUUUAAUUACUGUAAAACCUUACAAUCCCAUCUCUUGAGGAAGUUAUUUGCCCGUGUCGUUGAAGGCGUCCAAAAAUUUCAGACAUUUAUUAUUUACUUGUUGAAGUUGUCCUCUCAUUCGUUUUCUGAUACACUUGAUAAUACUGAAAUCCAACAUUAUCCUCGGUUUCAGCAGUACAGAGUUCAUCCGUUACAACGCUAAUAGGACCUGUUUAAUUUUCACAAAGAUCUUGAAAUUUUAACUAUUGAGCUCAUAGUAAGUGCAAUUGGUCGCGGCCUUUUCAAGUAAGUCCAGGUGGAUUCUUUUAUGCUUAUGCUUAUGCUUAUGUCGUUAUUG